UCUGUUCCCAUAAACCUUAAUAUACCUACUAGUAUGCAAACCGCAACUGUAAUUACCUGUAAUCAGUAAUCACAAAUCACAACUAACGAUGUAUGAAAUCUGAUAUUAUUAUAAUUAAUGAGGAGUGAAUAUAGGCAAAAUUAUACACAAUCUCUUAUCUCAGUGGAACAAAUGAUAACGUUUGUCCCUGAUUUGUAUCCACAGUGUCAUGUAUUCUAUUAUUAGAUCAUAAACAAAUGUACGAUAUUUUGAUAAUAUGAUCUAAUAUACCUAACCUAUAGUAGGUAAUAUUCUAUUACACAGUAAUUGUUUUAUGUUUAUGAUAAUCAUUAAUUUAUGCACACUAUUCGGUGUUCUGUUUAUACUUCAUUGCUCAAAUGAUAAUAAAUUGAGUAUUAAAACAACUAUUUAAGAAAUAUUAUAUUAAUUCGUGAUUGAAAGUGAUAUUUUAUGGUCAAAUUUACUUUUAUUUAUAUACGGUAUUUUAUUUUUCAAUAUAAUUUACCUACUUUUUUCAAUGACAUCAAAAAAGAAUACCUUGUUAUCAUUUUUCACAAGCAAUAAAAAAAUUCGAAGAGAAAAUGAAAAUAACGAGACUGAAGUGAACUCACCAGUAAGAAAAAUUACAGAAGUAAACAAGUCUGCAUGUACCACAAAUUCUUUAGAAAGUUUUAGUGAGGCAUCGAAUUCACGAUUACAGCAAGAUGAUUUUAUUUGUGAAAAUAAUCAAACGCUCGGCAAUGCUAAUGACAUAGGUUAUUUUGUAGAAUGUUUAUCUUUAACAGAUGCUGAUAAAAAGCUUGUGCUAACUAAUCUAUGGGUACCAGAUGUUGAAUAUAAAUUCCCAUUGCUUGCAAAAAAUGAAAAACGUGGCUUAAGAUUUCAGCAUAAAUGGCUAAAAGAAUUUAAUUGGCUGGCGUAUUCAAAUGUCAAAAAUGGGACAUUCUGUAAAUACUGUGUACUGUUUGCAAAAAAUGGUGGUGUUGGAAGCCAGCCUUUGGGUAGCCUUGUUACUGUUGCUUUCAGCAACUGGAAGAAGGAAAAAGAGACUUUUCGGGCUCGUGGAAGUUUGAAAUAUCAUACAUUGUCUGUUCUAGACUCUGAACACUUUUUAAAAUAAUAGAAAAAAAGGAACUGUCUAUAAUAGAACGCAUAGAUAAUAAUAGGUAGGUAAUAUUAAAUGCAUAAUAUGA